UAGGCCGCCAUCAUCUCCGCGUCAUUCUUAUCAUGGCGGAACGAAGUAGAAUGAAGAAUAUUUUCAACACACAUUAUUGAUCUUUAUUGCAAAAAUAUUGAUGUGAUUGUUCCAAAAUUCGGUCACUACGCGACGGGGCUUUCAGGGGUGGGCGGAAAAAAGCGAUGGCGGAGAAUAGAAGUUCGGACAACGUCGUUAUGCCGGACAUUACCGAAGUAAACGACGCCGAUCCCUUGUCGACAGCAGCCGAGCGCAAUGCCGAGUGUUCUGAAGGCAGUUCUGUUUUGUCUGCAGGAAUAAAAACGGUUCGACGUUCGAGUGAUACCAAUGGAGUUGUUACAGUACCCGUAUCUUUACCAGUCGGUACUCUUAUUACAGGCACUACCUUUAACGUAAUCACAUCCGACCAGCUGCAGCACUUUAAGCCUAUGAUAUGCGUGGAUAAUGGUUUCAUAUCAGGUGGAUCAGUACCUGAAGACAUAAAACCGACCCAUAUAGUUAUUCAGAAUACUCCUUCGCCACCACCCAUACGUGAACAAAAAGAUCACGAAACAACAUCCAAUUCUACCACAAGUAGGUCGACUAGUACGCGAUCAUGGGUCGAUACGGCGAAUAUGCCUGUUCUCCCUGUAAGAUGUAAAAAUACUUCAGCAGAACUUCACAAACAGAGAUUAGGUUCUGGAGGUAGAGGCAGAUGUAUUCGAUAUGGGAUGGAAUGGUAUACACCCAGUGAGUUUGAGGCUCUCUGUGGUCGAGCUUCAAGUAAAGAUUGGAAACGAUCAAUAAGAUUUGGAGGCAGGAGUAUACAAGCAUUAAUUGAUGAGGGUAUACUAACUCCUCAUGCAACAAGUUGCACAUGUGGAGCCUGUUGUGAUGAUCAAACUGCAAUGGGUCCAAUAAGGCUUUUUACACCUUAUAAAAGGAAAAGAAGAAAUAAUCAGGAUGGAACUGAUGAAAAAAAAGCAAAAGUAAAACUGGAAACUAUCAGUGAUGCUGAAGUUGAUAAUAUAAAUCAGUCAAGCAGCAAUAGCCAUUCCAAAGAAGCUUGGCAGUCAAUUGCUGAAGGGUUAGAAACAAAUACAGAUUAUCAUCUGCUAGCCAGUCCAGAAGCCAAUCCGGACCCUAUACCAGUUCUACCGGACAUGAACAAAGUAUUAAAGCGGCUUGAAGAUAUUGGGCAGAAUUUAACUCGGCUAUCUAGUGAAUUCAAACAAUGUGUUGAAGAUGUAAGAGUGGUAAGCACUAGGCAAUUGGAGCGCCUGGAACAAGAGCGUACAUCUGCUAUACUUGCUGCAAGUGUAGAUGCACAUGUGGAAGCUGAGCAAGUGUCUUUGCAUAAUGUUGAUGAAUCGGAGUCUAAAAAGGUAUUUCAGUGUGCAAAUUGCAACCGUGAAGCUUCGGCGGAGUGUUCUCUCUGUAGAAGAACGCCGUAUUGUUCAACAUAUUGCCAAAAGAAGGACUGGGCAUCUCAUCAGAUUGAAUGUCUUCGCUCUGUUCCCGCUAUUCACACUGACUCUCAACAGCACCAGUCGAUUAUGCUCAUCGUCGAGAGUCAACAUCAAUAGUAUACAGCACCUGCGCAUUCUCGACAAGAAUCAGUGAUCAAGCGUGUAUGAUAAGAUCACAAUCUUUCGGGUUAAACUGAUAAAAUCAAUAAUUGAUGCAAACGUUUAAAACGAAAACUACUUAGUUGAAUAAUUUUAAAGAAAGUGUACAGUUAAUCGUAAAUAUUUCAUCGGGAAGUGUUGAUAAUAUGGUUGGUACUUAUUACAGGAAUGAAACGGUGUAAGUUGUAAAUUUAAUUAUUUGAAAUGACUGCAGUAAUAUUAACGAAGUAAUCCUUUAUCUAUGGGUUAUUUAAAAUUGUGUUAACCUAUAUUGGGUUAAAUGUUAUUAAGUUAUAUAUAAAUAGGUCUACUAUUUAUAAAAUAAAAUAUGUUCUGUUGGAUUAUAUCUCUAAAAUAGUUGACUUUGCUCGUUCAGGUUAUUUUAAAUACUGUUACCCAAUAUUUGGUUAAACAUUGUUAAGUCAUGUAUAAUAAUAGAGUCCUCUGAAAAAGUCUUAUUCGUGUAUAUCGGCUGGGAAUAAUUUAACAAAAAGAGUGUAACUUUUGAACGCUUUGUGCGUUUGUUGUAUAUAACAGAAGUGAGCUUCCUAAUUUUUUUGGAAUACAGGUAUUUAGAAUUAUUGAUAUGACUUAAAUCUUCCUUUAUUUAUAAACUUUGGUACAACUUAACAUUUAAAUGGUAUAAAAUGAUGUCUAUACCACUAUCACUAUUAUAAAAAUGAUUUCUAUCUUAUGUGCUAAACUCUUACAUCGUUAAGUUGAUAUAUUGUCAUUGAAAUGGUUUAAUGAAACUAAGUCUUGCCAUAAAUGUUUUUGUGAAAAGGUAACCUAAUGUUUAUUAUUUUGAUAUCAAUCAAGUGUAAUUGGUUCGCGUCAAUGAAUAAAAUUUGACUUAAUUAUAUAAAAGCCAACGGCUAAUAUGUGAGGUUUUAAGUAAAUUUAACAUAGCAACACGAACAUCCUGUUCGACUGAAAUCUUAGAAUCCAUAUCAAUUUUAUUUUUAUCUUAAUUUAUUUUAAAAUUUUAUAUCACUAAUAAUCAGAGCAGAUCAAUUCGAUACGCAUUUACAAUAUUACAGAAUGACAAAAAGAAAAUUUAUUGAUGUCUAUCAAAUUGUGAUUAAUUUGAUGUCAUCUUUUAACAGUAGUUUUAUAACGAUGUUCAAAUUUUAUUUAUAUAUAACUUUUAUUUAUAUAAAACGUAUAAUUUUUCAAAACGGUACUAUAAAAUAAUUUGAAACAAACUAAGAUAUAACAAGGGAAUGAAGUGUUCACUUAAUUCUCUUGUUUUAGUAGUAUUAAUACAUCUUCCAUAACGAAUAUCAUUUUUAUCCUCUACUGGACAUCAUAUCAAAAAGGUUAUCAAUAAAUCUAUUUGAUUUUAUGUUCUCUGUGUUUACAUAAGACAUAUUCUUCCUUUUUAAAAUUUGACCGACUAUAAAUUAACAAUGUCAUAUGAUCAUGACUUAUGUUAUUAAAUGAAGGAGCAAUAUAGAAAUAGGUUAAGCCAAUUAUUAUCCAUUUAUUGUAAACGAAUUAUCCUAGUGUGUUUGGCUGUGAAAUAAAAUAAUUUACUAUAGAUCCAUUCUCUAGCGAAGGCGCACGAAGGCGUUCCACGCAAAAUUAUUGGCGUGCAUUAAUAUGAGUGACGGUCGUACUUACGAUUUCUUAGUGAGCGUGCGAUGACUUAUUCAAGAAAAAAAAAAAACAAAUUAAAUUAUAUUUGUUAAAGCACGCCGAUAAUUUAACGCGAGUGAACAGAUCUAUACUCCUUGGUUUCUUCCGUGUCCUUGAUGUCCAGCUAUGCAUAAUUUCAAAUAAGAAAUGAAGAACAAUUCGUCAACAUUAUUAUGUUUUUAAAUAUUAUUAGCGACUUCAUUUGGUUUUGGUACUUGAAAGCAAAAAAUGUUCAUACGAUCUGCGCACAUGGUAGACAUUAUCGAAAAGAUAUUUGUAUAAGAAACAUUUAGGAUCCCGUCCGCCGCCAUGUAUAACGUUGAGUUGGCAAUUGAAACGUUGAAUUUGGUAACGAAUAUAAAUAAAUUCCUCAUAUCUGCCUUUGAGCUUAUAACAUACAUCUAAUAAUAUCUUUUCAUAUCUGUUUCUAGGGCUUAAGUUCAGUUUUAUUAUGUAAAGGAAUAAAUAAAAUGAAGACGAGACAGAGGAGUCAUCACAAAUUAGAUUGAUUUAUUUAAUGUAAAGGACCUAACCACUGGUUUCCUAACCAAUUAUAUUUUAAAUAUAAAACACGUAUACUGUUAUAUAGUACUGUUUCUAAUCACGGAUUAGACGUGACGAACAUGACGACCGUACUGAUAACGAUUAAUGAAUAUUACGUUCAAAAUGUACAGACAUAGACAGGCAGGAGGGGGGUGGGGUCAAUUCUACUAACCUAUAACGUUUAUGAUACCAUCGCGAUUCGCGACUAUUACUGACAAAAAAUAUAAGUAUCCUAAUUAAUCCU